GGCCUGCAAACUAGCAGUCAACAUAUCAAUCUUCUUCUCCAGCUCCGCCACCCGUGAGUCCGUUUUUUUAGCCCGUUUCCUCGUGGGCUGGGUGAUAACGCACUCGCGUUUGGCUUUGGCACAUCUCUUGCAAGGGCCAUCUGGGUCAGCCGGGUCUGGGUCACAACGAACUUUGAGACCUCUGCAUGAUUCACAGGCACGGGGCUUUUUGGGAUCUAGCCCACCGCCAGCGCCGCCUGGAGAGUGGUGCUCAUCACCGGGACUGUUGUGGUGGUGAUAUGAAUUGUUAGGGGUGUUGACAGCAAUGGAGCUGGGGGCCGUGGUAUUGGCUGGAGUGGACGAGGUGUUGACGGUUGCGGUUGAUGCAGGUGUUUGUGGGGAGAAUGCCGAUGUUGGAUGGUUAGUGUGGGGAAUUGGGGGUUGGUGAUGAUGUGGUGGUUGCCAUUGCUGUUGCUGCGGGCGCAAUUGAUGCUGCUGCUGGGGAUGAUGGGCUUGGAGUUGGGGGAGCCUAUCAUGGUGGUGUUGUGCAUUCAGCGAGCUCGCUGGCGGCUGGGCGCUCAGCGCCCCAUGAACGGGGGCUGGAGGUGUUGGCGCAUUGCCUGGGUCGUUGCUGGAAGUGCUGGUGCUGCCGUUGCCGCUUCCACUGCCGCCGUUACUGCUGCGGAGCAUGGGGUCAAGCGCCGAGAUGUCCAUGCCGGUGGUUGUCUGUUCGGCCUGCCGACGGUCUUGCUGAUGCUGACGGCUUUUCUGAGGCCGAUCACCGAUGCUGAGCGGUCGAAUGUCAGGGCGAGGAAAGUCGGCGCUCCAACCGAGAGUCCCGAGUUCAGAAGUGGCGCCGCGCCGAGAAUGGAAUUCUCCCAUUAAAUUGCGUACUACGUCCGCUGUUACACACCCGCGAAAAUUUAAUUUCAUGUGAUGUACAAGCCUUGGAUGACGACACCAACCUCGGUAAGCAAAGACUCCGACGUGGUACGUGCGCCACCUCCAUCAAACAACCCUACUGCGUACAAACCAUUGCGAUGUGAGGCAAACCCAGAACACAGCUCAUUGCCUGCAGUAUAUGCUAUAUCUCAGCGGCGAGGUAUCUCGGGUUAGUUGAUGAACUGUAUCUUGAGGGUUGACGAAGACCUAGCUCAAGACCUUGGGGCUCCUUGAAUCAUGAUCAAGUUGCGUGAUUGCAUCGACAUGUGCUUGCCGAUGAUGAAAGUUCGAACACUCCCAUGCUGUCUGCGCAUUUCAGGUAAGCGCGAGACGGCCCAGAGGGCAAGAGGUACGAGGUAGGAAGUAUGAAGGAAGGCAAGAAGAAUGGUUGCUGCUACCAGCUAUCAGACUUUGACACCAAGAUGACGGAGACUGAGCUCCGGCCCAAAUGAUUAUUUCAAGGGAGACUCAACUUCCUGGUCCAGUGAAGUCGAAAAGUAUCACUCCCGCAUACAUUCUUAUUUCUUGAGAGAAGAGUCGGCCAGCAUCAAGCCCUCAUCAACAGCUCCUUGUUCAUCCCAAUCGCUUCACUGUUAGGCCCACACGUCGACCACCGUCAGCAACAUGUUCAUUAAGCUUGCCUCCUUUCUGGCUCUCGCAGCAACUGUGACCGCCACCACCCCGUUUCAUACCACCAACGCCACCUCCCUGUAUCAAGACAACGGCCACGGCAUCAAAUGGACAGGCGUAAUCACCCCCGGUCAGCCCAAAACCACCCUCUUCGGCACCGUUGACGAGAUCUACAACUAUAUCCUCGCAAUCAACCCCAACUACGUCGCCCAGCCUCUCGACAAGUCCGACCUUGCCCUCCUCGCCUCCCCCUGGAACGAACCCGGGACCACCAAGCUAGUCGCCCGACAAAGGUCAAAAUACCUCGACAAGUUCCCCAGCCCCGUGUGUCGCGUCAUGGCCACGGGCAACAGCAGAUCCCUCGAUCCCAUAAUAAACGAACUGGAUAUCCUUGGUGGAAUAUGUGAGGCUCCCAAGGAUGCCUGCCGCCGUGUUGGGUGCAAGUCGACUACGGCUGGGUAUCUUUGUGGUGAAUACGGCAACGCAGCUGUGGUUGCAUGUACCGAUGUGUCACGUCGUCUGGAGGUGAUCAAGAGGGACUGCUGUUCGGUGAUAGCUGAUUUUGGCGGAAAACCAGUGUCGGGACACUCCAAACGUCACGACUACGGGGUGUAUGCUGGGUAUGGGAACUGUAAUCAUGGGGAGGAUAGCUCGCCGGCUGAUUAUCCUUAUCCUGGGGGUGGGAUUAAUGGGAAGUGUUAGGGGUUGGCGGGUAUUGCAAUGGUAAUUGGGGGGGUGAUAUCUGCGAAGGGUUGCGAGUGUCUUUCGUCGAGGUUGGUUGAUGGGAUGC